ACGUGGUAUUUUCUCAUUGGCCCUUCACAUUAAAACAUCACUGCACUUCCUCUCUUCUUUUCUCCUCUCUUUUCCUUUUCCUUUUUCCUCACAUUUAAUUUUUUUCUCCACCAUUUUUAAAACCCUUGCCGGAAUAUCUUCGACGGAGCACCUACCUCCAGUAAUCUCCAAAAGAAAAGGAAAGAAACAAAAGGAUAAGAGUUAAUUAUAUAAAUAUAAGCUUAAACGAUCAGGACGUCGUUUUCGAGCUUCAGUGUUUUGAAAUUAUUUUAUAUAUAUUUAUUAUUUUUAGCGUCGACUGUAAGUAGGUGCUUUUGCUUCAUCUUUUUAGGGUUUCGUGUUUGAUAAACUUCAUCGAAGGCUUUCAGCUGAAGCGAAAUUCUGACAAAGUUUCUUCAGUGAAGGAAAAGCUUUGUCUAUUCAUUUCAAAUUAUAGUCAGAUUAAUCGGCGAGUAAUUUUAUACCGAAAGCAAAGGCUUUUGUAGUAUUUAGGAGUAGAAAAUUAAAGGAAAAUGCUGACUGAUUGAUUAUUAGUUGACCUUGUAGAGAAAAUGAUUUUGAUCGUGGAAAUAUAGACACAAAAAGAAAGGAAAGGAAAAAGAAAAAAAGAAAUGAGGAAUUCAUGUAUAAUUUGAAGGUGCGAGUUUGUUUGCAACAUGAGUUGCAGCAGCGACAACAGCAACAGAGGAAGAGAAAAUGAAGAGCAGUCCGUUGAGGUACAAACAGUAAUCACUCAAAACGGUUCCUUAACGGCGCCGCAUCAACUAUCAAUCGAUGAAAAUCUUCUCGUCGACCCUAAAUUAUUAUUUAUCGGCUCCAAAAUUGGCGAAGGAGCCCAUGGCAAAGUUUAUCAGGGAAGGUAUGGUGAUCGAAUCGUUGCUGUUAAAGUACUUAACCGAGGGAGCACUUGUGAAGAAAGAGCUGCAUUGGAGAAUCGUUUUGCUCGUGAAGUUAACAUGAUGUCUCGUGUUAAACAUGACAAUCUUGUCAAGUUUAUUGGAGCUUGCAAGGAGCCACUUAUGGUGAUAGUAACUGAGCUUUUACCAGGGAUGUCUCUUCGUAAGUAUUUGAUUGGUAUUAGACCAAACCAACCAGACCUUCGCCUGGCCUUAAAUUUCGCCCUUGAUAUUGCUCGAGCUAUGGACUGUCUGCAUGCUAAUGGGAUUAUACACAGAGAUCUUAAACCAGAUAAUCUGUUGCUUACGGCAAAUCAGAAGUCUGUGAAGCUUGCAGAUUUUGGUCUUGCAAGAGAAGAAACCGUGACAGAGAUGAUGACUGCAGAAACUGGGACUUACCGCUGGAUGGCUCCUGAGUUGUACAGCACAGUGACAUUGCGGCAGGGGGAGAAGAAACAUUACAAUAACAAGGUUGAUGUCUACAGCUUUGGUAUUGUCUUAUGGGAGUUGCUGACCAAUCGCUUACCAUUUGAAGGCAUGUCAAAUUUGCAGGCCGCUUAUGCAGCUGCUUUUAAGCAAGAGAGGCCCAGUCUUCCUGAGGACACAUCCCCUGAUCUUGCAUUUAUCAUUCAGUCAUGUUGGGUUGAAGAUCCUAACUUAAGGCCCAGCUUCAGCCAGAUUAUCCGCAUGCUUAAUGCAUUCCUUUUCACCCUCUCACCACCAUCAACAUCAGUGCCAGAAUCUAGUACCCAUGAGGCAGCAGCGUCUAGUAAUGGUACCAUGUCCGAGUUUUCUGCUCGUGCAAGAGGGAAGUUUGCUUUCCUUCGCCAACUGUUCACUGCUAAACGGGCUAGGAACUCUUAAUGAGUGGGUAAACUUUUUGGAAUAUUUUCUUUUUGUUGCAGCUCAAGAAACAUAUGCUGUCAUAGAGAUAUACUUUCGAUGAAUUUAGUUAAUUGACUAGAUGAUGACAGUUAAGAAAGGAAGAAAAUGUUGAAAAAAAUUAUGUUCAUGAGGAAACUUAUCUAGUAAAUAAAAAGAGUAGAUGACUAUUUACAUUCAAUUGACCUUGUUGUACAGUAGAUACGUGGAUUUAGAGAUAUGUCCAUAUUGUAUCUUUUAUUUAUAGACUCCACGGAUAGUAACCCUGAUGCAACUUGGAACUCUAUUUUCAGUUUUAUAAUUGGUAGUGAAGAAAUCACUUUACUAGUAA